AUGGACCAGCUCAGCCCACCCGCUUCGGAUGCUUCCGACGAUGAGCGAGUCGCUGUGCCAUCCACUGGCGGCCGCAAGAAGGUCUCCAACAAGUGGGAGAAGGCUGACGGUGUCAAGCACGCCGACGGUGCCAUCCCUGACGACUACGUGACAAGGACACUCGAACGUGAGCCACCCCUUCCUCCUAUCGAGUGGAAGAAUGUGCUCAGCGAGAUCCAAUGGGUCUCUGCUACCGUCCUCACUGUCACACCUCUCCUUGCCAUCUACGGCAUGUUCACCACUCCUCUGUCGUGGAAGACCUUCAUCUGGUCCUUCAUCUACUACUUCUUCACCGGUCUGGGUAUCACCGCUGGCUACCAUCGUCUGUGGGCCCACCGAUCAUACACCGCCUCUCUUCCUCUGCAAUACUUCCUUGCCUUCAUGGGUACCGGCGCUGUUCAGGGCUCCAUUCACUGGUGGGCCCGUGGCCACCGUGCCCACCACCGUUACACCGACACCGACCUCGACCCGUACGGAGCUCACAACGGUCUCCUGUGGUCGCACCUCGGAUGGAUGAUCGUCAAGCCCCGCCGCAAGCCAGGUGUCGCCGACAUCUCUGAUCUGCGCCGAAACUCGGUCAUCAAGUUCCAGCACAAGUUCUACUUGCCGCUCAUCCUUAUUAUGGGAUUUGUCUUCCCCACCGCCGUCGCCGGUUUCGGAUGGGGUGACUGGCGCGGCGGCUUCUUCUACGCCGCCGUCGCACGUCUCGUCUUCGUCCACCACUCUACCUUCUGUGUCAACUCGCUUGCCCACUGGCUCGGUGAGGCCAGCUUCGACAACAAGAUGACUCCUCGAGACCACUUCAUCACCGCUCUCGUCACCGUCGGUGAGGGCUACCACAACUUCCACCACCAGUUCCCCAUGGACUACCGUAACGCUAUCAAGUGGCACCAGUACGACCCCACCAAGUGGUUUAUUGGCUCCAUGAAGGCACUCGGACUUGCUUCGCACCUGAAGACUUUCCCUGACAACGAGAUCAAGAAGGGUCAGCUUGCCAUGCAGCUGCAGCAGGCACACGAGAAGCAAGAAGCCCUCUCGUGGCCCAAGAGCUCUAACGACCUCCCCGUCAUCUCUUGGGAUGAGUUCAAGGACGAGUCGAAGAACAGGCCUCUGGUCUGCGUCGCCGGCUUCAUCCACGACAUUUCCUCCUUCCUCGACGAGCACCCUGGUGGUCGCCACCUGCUAGCUGCUCGUAUCGGACAGGACUGCACCUCUGCCUUCAACGGUGGAGUGUAUGACCACAGCAAUGCAGCACACAACCUGCUCAGCAUGAUGAGGGUCGGUGUCCUCGACGGCGGCUACCAGCUUGCCGAGAAGGAGAAGGUGGAGGGUGAGGUCGAGAAGUCCGAGAUCAACUCGUCGCUGCUCAACGAUGACUUGGCAGCCCAGGUCUCUGCACGCAAGUCCGUCUCAUCCAAGGCUACCGCUUACGUUGUUCCCGGUCAAGCCUACCAUAUCGACAAGCGCGCCGAGCUCAAGGCCAAUGUCCGCGACAAGUCUGGCAAGGUCGGUCGAGUCUUCUAA